AUCUGCUGAAGAAGAUCAGCAAAGGACCAGGUGGUACGGUCACUACCGACAAGGACGUUGACGUUAGUUUUAAUGAAAAAUCCAUAGGCGCUGCAAAGGGUACAUCGAGCCACGUAGCUGGACUUUCGCCCAGGGUGACCAAACGUCUUCAGCAGGAAGAGGAAGCUUGUCCAAGUUCUCAAAGUGUCUCCGUCGAGGACAUCGACGAGCUGAUACGUUCGGAGGAUAACUCUCGUCUGAUACAGGAGCGUGCUAGUUUACGCAGAAGGUUAGAGAAGUUCAGCAGGUUGGGAUUGAUCGCCGAUCAGAUUUCAGCAGGAAGUGGCGAUUCGAGAUACGAAGACAGUCCUCGGCUCCAAGGGGAGGGUCCUUGGAUAUUCGAUCGUCCGAGGAAUAUCAGAAAGCUCAAGUUUUCGCCACCGCCCGAGGAUCACGCGGUGCAAAGUUCACAGUCUCUCAUAAGACUUCACGAUAACCCCGGGUCAUUCGAUAGCGUUAGCGGGAACGUGCGGAACGACUUUUCGACGUCGCAGGACGGCAGCAGCCGCAGCGAUUACAACGACAGAAACGCGGACGACGGCGACGAGGAUGACGAUGACGAGUCAGCCGGUCGGCACUUGGUAAAAUGCAGACUUGCAAAUUUUGCAAAUUCCCCGGGACGACGUGGCGGGGAAUCGCGCUAUCAGAUCCCGCAGUCAGUUUCUUCGGUAGCGUCGACUAAGACCGACGGUACGUUCGUUCGGAACAUCAGGAGGAAGUACAGCCAGUCCGAGGACCCGGAGGAUACCGGAAGUCGCGGAAACAGCCCCGAACGUUUAAUCGAUAUCUUUCGUGCACGGAAGGAGCGAAGUGCGUCGAAUGACACUAUUGACAUCAGCUGCUUCGAUAACACUUUUAUAGCGGAUCCCGAUGGUUCUGGCAAAGUGUUAACCACAGUGAAGAAUACAGAAGACAGCAAAGAAAAUUUAAAUUCAAUUUUGAAAAGUGACCAUUAUUUUUUUAAUUCCACAGACAGUACUAACUUGCCCUUGCAAGGUGCAGCUUAUUCGACGGAUAUCGUGGACGGUGAUAGAUCCGGAAGCAAGCUCAAGGAGAAGGCUCUUGGUAAAAAUAUAAAUUUUCCAAAAAUUGAAAAUAAAGAUAAAAUGAAAAUACCUAUCAGAAUGUUUCGCGUACGCGAAAAAUUGAUCUUCGGCCUGAGUGCCUUUGCCAUCCUGUUCACGUUGCUCCUGGUGGUCGAUCUUCAAAUGGAUCUGGGGUACAGUGGUCAUCACUUGGUACCGAGUCAUGGCCGGGUGAAGAUCGGCGAAGAUCCUAAUCAGGAUACCGUCUAUAAUAACUUCAGACGGAAGUUUCUUCAGCGUGUCAACGGUAGCCGCGAGCAAUCGAGCGGCGACGCGUCCGGCGUGACGCAACCAGACAAUUCUGCGACUCUGAAGAAAAUUGUACACACCGAGAAACCGGAAGUCCACGAUGACUUUUCCGAUCUGGAGGACAUUGUGGUGAACGGUGUUGGCGUGUCUGUCGAGGACGGCGUCGUGAGGAUCAGUGGUGAGGAUCAUACGGACAAUCCGACACUGGCCGAACUAAACCGAAUAAACCCGAAAAACAACAGCACCGUCCUCGAGAGAUUUCACUUGGAGAUAUCGAGAACCGAGCUCUAUUCGAAGGAUUCGAUCUACGUCGAUAAAGUCCUUCAGGAAAUGGCGACCAAGCCCAUAGUUCACGUCGUUCAAAAGGAAGGGGGCACUCAGCUGAAGCUCGUGAUCGACUACGCGAACAACAUGGAGGCUUUAUUCAAGCCGAUGAGAUUCCCACGGGAGCAGCAGACGUUGCCGAAUCAUUUUUACUUUACGGAUUUCGAACGUCACACGUCCGAGAUCGCAUCCUUUCAUCUUGACAGACUCCUUGGGUUUCGAAGGACCAUGCCGGUGACAGGACGUCUCCUGAAUGUGACAACGGAAAUCUAUGAGGUCGCGGACAGCGAACUACUCAAGACGUUCUUCGUCAGUCCCGUGGGUAACCUUUGCUUUCAUGGGAAGUGCAGCUACUACUGCGACACUGCUCAUGCGAUAUGUGGAAAUCCGGAUAGUCUUGAGGGUAGCUUUGCAGCGUUCUUACCAAGUCGUGAAUUGGCUGCGAGAAAAGUAUGGCGACACCCUUGGCGCAGGAGUUAUCACAAACGUAGGAAGGCACAGUGGGAGCAGGAUUCCGAUUACUGUUCCCUGGUCAGGGCCAUUCCUCCUUACGACGAGGGUCGUAGGCUACUGGACUUGAUGGACAUGGCCGUUUUUGAUUUUCUUAUUGGCAACAUGGACAGACAUCAUUACGAGACGUUUAAGAUAUUUGGCAAUGAUACCUUUACGCUUCAUUUGGAUCAAGGUAGAGGCUUUGGAAGACCUUUUCACGACGAGACCUCCAUUUUGGCCCCACUCUUACAGUGCUGUACGAUAAGACAGAGCACACUGGCCACUCUGCUGAAAUUCCAUAAUGGUCCAGUGCGUCUCAGUGCUGCAAUGAGGGCGAGCAUGAGCAACGAUCCCGUUUAUCCCAUUUUGUGGGAACCACAUUUAAAAGCUCUGGACAGAAGAGUCGGCCUGGUUCUGGAAGCUGUUCGUGAUUGCGUCAACAGGAGCUUGCAGGCCGAUCAGGUUAUACAGGAGCGAAACGAAAGCGGAAAUUCUUAGCCUGAAUAUUAUUUUUGAAACGUCAUUCGAAUUUGCGGAUCGAUUACGUUGGUUUAUAUUAUUAGUAUAAUGAUAUUACGGUGCGACAAGUAGCCAGGUUAUCAGCUGGAGAUAAAGGGGACGAUCGAUAAUUGGACAAUUGGCUGAAUAGGAAAACAGUUAGACAAAUAGACAUUUAGAGGGAUUGAUCGUUCGGCUACGUAAACUAUGUAAAUUAUGUAAAGAUCUACGAGCCGCUGGCACGAUAUACAUAUGCUGUAUGUACAUAUACAUAGAGAUUGCGAUACAAAUGGUACGAGAGAGAGAGAGAGAGAGAGAGAGAGAGAGAGAGAGAGAGAGAAAAUGGGAGUGUGAUAGACAGAGAGAGAAUGAUUGUACGAUACCGUAUCGCCAAUAAGGGGAAGUUUAUAUUUCAAAUCCCAUGAAACGAGCUUCUUGUAAAACGACGGGACGAAUUUCCAGGCAUCCAUGGCUGCCAUCUUUUUUUUUCUUUCUUUUUUUUUGUACAUUUAGUUAACGCUAAUAAACGACUGUUUUUAAUCAAAAAUUGGGAAUGCGUGCAAUGUCGAGGAAUAAUCGUGUACAUAAGAAGUGUGUAUAAAGCUACAAAACAGUUAUUAAAGUUUAAGAAAACAAAAAAGAAACAAAAGGAAAAAUAUAUAUAUAUACAUAAACGCAAUCCGACACGGGGAAAUAUUUCGUACUGAUUGUACCCAUCAGCAAUUUUUAUAUGAUUACAGAUAAAAUUUCCUCCUGUCAGAUUGCUUAACAAUCCGACGCAAUUCUUAAAACUUGAUCUGUACAAAAACUGAACGUUCACCCCGGCAGACUUUUAGCACAAGGUCGGAAGGGAUGCUUCUAUCGUGUAAAAUAUUUUUCAAUUAGAGACCUGGCGAAUGUCGACGUAUUGCGAACCGGAAGAGGAGUUUCACGAUAUACGUGACCGGAAGUUGCAAACUCUAUCUGUAAAUUUUAAGUGCCACGACGUCGUCAUCGACGAUCGUUAGCGACACCUUUUCUUUAAUGGUUUUUGCCGUUGUGAUUUUAACGCGUAAACGACCAUCUUCUCUUCUUAUUGACUUUCUUUCCCAAUAAGUUUCUACGCGACGCAACCAAGAAUAACAAGAGCACUAUUAUUUUUGGACUGGCUGUAAAUAAAGUAAUAAAUACAUAAGGUUCUUAUACGAACAAGAAAGACAA